UCAGUUCUGAUUUACCGUUCGCCCUCCCAUCGUGUGAGAAGGAAGUUACAUUAAGUAGAAUGAGCUAAGACGCAUGACACCACCAUUUACCACUUCUGGAGGAAAUGCGGAGGUGCACACAGUGACUGGCGCUCACCAUUUCGGGACAUCAUAGGGUGGAGGCGAAGGCUUCUGAACGUUGUCGGAGACAGGUUUUGUAAAGAAGCAGAAAAGAACCCAAUACAGUGGAAAGAUCAUCAUGGGGGGUCAACUUCUGAAGUUAUGGCUGCUCUUCCUGUCGAUGACCCGCUCUUCAUCUAUGGACCCAAAAACCACCAUUGACCCUGAGAUGGAAACCGAUGGUGUCCAAACUUUACCCAUUUCGACUAUGAAUAGUCCGCUUGCUGCUUUAAAUGACAGAACACCCACCGAUUCUACUUUCAAUAUGAUCGAUAAAAAACUUAUGGCUGGUCAUGGAAGCAGCAAAGAGUCAAAAGUGACCACUGAGCAAGAGACAAGUACAGCUAUAGAGACAACUCAAGAAGAAACAUCAACCAAUGUGGCAGAUGCUAUGACCAUCGGGUCCAACACCAGUGGUCCAUUGAUUGCCCCUUUAAAUGCUAAUACACCCAGUGAUGAAGAGGCUACUUUAAAUGAUAUCUCAACCGAGAAGCCUGUAAUGUCUUCUACAAGUAUCAAAGAGUCAAAAACAACCCCCGGGCAAGAGAAACCUCCAACUGGCAAGACAUUACAAGAAGAAACAACCUCCACAGCAAAUGCUUCGAUGACCAUCAUCUCAACCACAAGCGAAGGUCCAUCAUCUGCCGCCUUCAGUACCGGACCAGUCAAUGGGAGCAUCACCAUUCCUGCAGGUCUCCCAUUUACAAAUCCAACGAAUGACAAUGACAAUGAGAUGACUACUUCUUCCCAAACAUCUGGUGAGACGGGAACCUCUAAAUCGCUGUUCACAAAGGGCCCUAAAAAUAACCAGGACGCAAAAAACGACAACAUGAAAAAUAUAAUCCUGAUUGCGGUCUUAAUGGUCCUCCUAGUCUUGAUCCUGAUCACCAUCGUGGUCAUGUUGGUGAGGAAAAGACGAAGAGGUUCCCAAGACUUUUCUAGAAGUAGCUCCAAGAGGCAUGAUGUAUGGGCCGGGCAAGUGCCAGAGCUGGGAGAAGGGAAGGUGACGCAACAUCCAAUGGGGGUGGGAAAUGGGACAUCGAGCAGCAAACCAGAACCCGGACAGGAACAGGAGAUGGUCACUUUCAUCAGUGCCGAGAAGAAGGAAGACUCCUUGGUUGAGGUGAACGAGUUGGGCAAAGGGGACACCUCAGAGAAGAAGCCAUUGCUGGAGGACGCUUCCCAGGGGAAUGAAGAACCGGAGAAGCCUCCAGUACAAGAGCAGAUCCCAUCUCCGACGGUGGAAUAAUAGCUGGUGAGACAUGGACAAAAAUACCGACCUGGAGAUGAGGGGAAGUCCAAGUGAAGGUCCUGGUGAAGGUCCUGCGUGUGAGGGGCAUCAUGUCAGUAUCCUCCUGUGUGACCUACAGUAUUAUUAUAUACAGCCAGCAGCACUUAUUACAGUACACUGCUUUAUUACUAAAGGGUUAAUGUAGUGAUAACACACUGUACACACCCCAAAAGAGAGGAACACUGCACCCACAAAGGGGUCGGUACAGCGGGAAACAACUAGGUAAACCCAUCUAUCUAUCUCAUAUCUAUCUAUCUCUUAUCUCUCUAUCUAUCUAAUAUCUUUCUAUCUAUCUAUCUAUCUCAUAUCUAUCUAUCUCAUAUCUUUCUAUCUAUCUAUCUCAUAUCUAUCUAUCUCUUAUCUCUCUAUCUAUCUCAUAUCUUUCUAUCUAUCUAUGUAUCUAUCUCUUAUCUCUCUAUCUAUCUCAUAUAUUUCUAUCUAUCUAUCUCAUAUCUAUCUAUCUAUCUCUCUCAUAUCUAUCUAUCUAUCUCAUAUGUAUCUAUCUAUCUCAUAUCUAUCUAUCUCAUAUCUAUAUAUCUAUCUCAUAUCUAUAUAUCUAUCUAUCUCAGAUCUAUCUCAUAUCUAUCUAUCUAUUUAUCUCAUAUCUAUCAAUCUAUCUAUCUCAUAUCUAUCUAUAUCUCAUAUCUAUCUAUCUCAUUUCUAUCUAGCUAUCUAUCUAUCUAUCUCAGUCCUCACAUUUUUGGUAUAGCGUUAGUUUAGAUUUGGUCUUUGUGAUUUCUCUCAGUCAUGUCUCCAUCUCCACAGAACGUUCUGGAUUAUUAGUACUUUUUGCCUGUAUUUUAGUUGCACACAUAACAUGAAUUCUGUAGUUGAUAUAUUAUUUGGGCAGCUCCUUUGUCAAUAUGAUAUUUGGGCAGCUCCUUUGUCCAUAUGGUAUUCGGGUAGCUCCUUUGUCCAUAUGGUAUUCGGAUAGCUCCUUUGUCCAUAUGGUAUUCGGGCAGCUCUUUUGUCCAUAUGGU